AUGCUUAUUCUCUCAAUAAAUGCAUUUUAUUUUACUAGAAGCUUAUUUUUUUAUUAUUUUUAACUUAUACAAUAAAUUGAAAUAUUUGGAGGGAGUUAGCAGAUUAGCUCGAGUCUCAGCACGUUCAUUUGGUGCUAAAAACAUUAAGUUCGGCAGAGAUGCCAGAGCUCUUAUGCUUGAAGGCUGUAACAAGCUUGCAGACGCAGUUCAAGUGACUCUUGGCCCAAGAGGCAGAAAUGUUGUUAUUGAUCGCCAAUUUGGAGCUCCAAAAAUCACAAAAGACGGUGUGACUGUUGCAAAGGAAGUCGAACUCGCUGACAAAUACCAAAACAUCGGAGCCCAGCUCGUCAAGCAGGUCGCCAACAGAACUAAUGAAAUUGCAGGAGACGGGACAACCACAGCUACAGUCCUCGCAAGAGCUAUCUUCACUGAAGGUGUCAAAUCAGUCGCUGCAGGAAUUAACCCAAUGGGCAUCAGAAGAGGAAUCUUAAAAGCAGUUGAGACCAUAAUCAAAGAUUUACACAAGAGAAGCAUUAAAAUCCAAGACUCAAGCGCAAUUAGAGAUGUUGCCACCAUCUCUGCUAAUGGCGAAACCUCAAUUGGAAACUUAAUUGCUGAAGCCAUGGACAGAGUUGGAAAGGACGGAACAAUCACAGUCCAAGACGGAAAAACCCUUCACAACGAGCUUGAAGUCGUAGAAGGCAUGAAAUUCGACAGAGGCUACAUUUCCCCAUACUUCGUCACCGACACCAAGACACAAAAAGUUGAAAUGGAAAACCCUCUGAUUUUACUCACAGACAAAAAAGUCUCCACAAUCCAUCAAGUUUUGCCACAUCUUGAACACGCCAUGAAGACUGGAAGAGCCAUUCUAAUUGUUGCUGAAGACGUUGAAAGCGAAGUUUUGGCCACUCUUGUAGUCAACAAAUUAAGAGGAGGUCUCAAAGUAUGCGCAGUCAAAGCCCCAGGAUUCGGCGACAAUCGUAAAAACACGAUGGUUGAUAUUUCAAUCCUUUGUGGAGCUCAAAUGGUUUCUGAAGAACUUGGAGCCACCUUGGAAACCUCAGAACCUACAGUUAUGGGAACAGCCAAGAAGGUUGUGAUCACCAAAGACGACACUUUAAUUCUUGAUGGUGCUGGAGAAAAAGACUCAAUCAAGGAAAGAGUUGAACAAAUCAAGCAGCAAAUUGAGAUCACAAAGAGUGAUUAUGAUAAGGAAAAACUUCAAGAAAGACUAGCCAAACUUAUAGGAGGAGUCGCUGUCAUUAAAGUUGGAGGAGGAUCUGAAGUAGAAGUAGGAGAAGUCAAAGACAGAAUUGUCGAUGCUCUUAACGCUACAAAGGCUGCAGUACAAGAAGGUAUUGUUGUCGGAGGUGGUGCUGCUUUAUUGUAUGCUUCUAAGACUCUUAGAGCAAUCAAGAAAGAAAGCGAUCCAGAUGAACAAAUUGGAAUCAAGAUGGUAGAAAACGCUUGCAAGAUGCCUAUUAUGGCUAUUGUUGAUAAUGCAGGAAGAGACGGAAGCGGAGUCGUUGACUAUUUAUUAGAGUUAGGAGAUGAGAAAAUUGGAUAUGAUGCUAACACCCACAAAUAUGUUGAUAUGGUUAAAAGUGGUAUUGUAGACCCAACUAAAGUUGUCAGAACUGCUUUGGAAGAUGCUGCUAGUGUUGCUGCUUUAAUGACAACUACAGAAGCAAUGAUCGUUGAUGCUCCUGAGGACAAGAAAGACAAGCCAGCUGGAGGAAUGGGAGGAGAUAUGUACUAA